AUGAUAUUGCUGGCCCUAUUGCUUUACCCUCCGGAUGCGUUCGUCGGUGGAGUUGCAUACCUGGUCUACCACACAAUGACAGGGUUUCGUGCAUUACCUGCAAUGCAAAAACUAAAUAACUAUGGCUACGAUACUCAGCAGGUGUUUACGAUCCUCUCAAGUGAAUUUAGUGAAGUUGAUGUUAGCGUACUAAUCAUAACAGAUUGUUGGAUGUUUCACUGUUCGCGAUUCCAUUUCGUUGUGGUCAAGUUAACAGACGCACAUUUUUGUGUUGUAAAUGCUGUCGAUACCAUGAAUAUGCUCCACCAUACCCUCGGUAUGAAUCAGUAUCUUACAGUUGCUGUAUCUUUACCUGCUGACAUUGAACACUUAAACUUUGAAUUCAAAAUUAACAAUGUGUUUAUGCGUGAUUUGGAAGAGAAACUAGGUAACAAUCGUGUAGAAUUUUCACCCAAGGUCCAGUUGAAGAUGUCGCUGACUGAUAGAUUUAUUGAGGCGUUUUUGGACCAAGCUAGGAAGAAUCGUAGAUACCAUGAUUACGUUCGGCAGGAACUUGAACUAUGCCUCGGAUGCUCAGAGAAUUUAUCGAACAUAAAGCUGUUGAUGGGAUGCAGUGAAAUCAUGCUAGGUGCUGAUCUUGAGGGACCUAGAUCCGAUUGCAGGCCAUGCCAAUGUCGUCCAUUGUGGUGCAUCUCAUGCAUGGCUCGUAUUUUUUUGUCUAAGCAGGACCAGUCACGUCCAAAUGUUUGGCUCGAGGGGACAUGUUCAUGCCCAACUUGCAGAGCGACUUUUUGUAUCAUGGAUGUAGCUCUGCUCUCUUUUGUUGAUGAAGAAGAUAGAAGUGACAAUGAUAACUCCGUGAAAAGUAGCAGGAGUAACUGCAUCGGUUUUUGUUUCUUUCUGCUGACAAGUGUUGUAAAGUUGGACUUCUACGUAAUUUACGCACUGAGCAGUAGUAUUCUGCGAAAGGAUAAUCCGGGUCGUGUUUAUUAUUACUACUUGCCAUCUUCUUUUCACCUAUGUGUGUUCUUUUCUGCAGCAUUUCAUGCAUGGCUUGGCCUCACUGGAAUGUUUGCUAUAUAA